UCGUGGGCAUCGAUGGUCAAAAGAGAUUGCGGAUCAUAAAAGCAAUCUUGAAUUUCUAUUAUAUCCUCCUCUCCCAAUUUCCAACGAACAAAAAUAACGCACCUCGGCGCCAUGGUUAUAUGUCCCCCGCACGCCCCUUCAAAAAUCUAUGCUCUCCCUGUCUUUCUGUCUACGUCAUCCACACCGAAUAACAAUUGAUACUAUGGCAAGAAGAACAAGUCAGAGUCAGAAUGAAAAGAACAAGGCAGGCACCUUCUUUCUAGCCACUCUAAUUCUGUGGUUCGUCUCCGUUCUGUUCGAGAUUAUUUUCAACAAGCGCUCGGAGCUACUUUGGAUUGUUGCUGGGGCUGUUUUUUUCCAGAUAGCCAAUUGGGUCGUUCGGUCUUUUAUCUCUCGUGACCCUCUCUUUGUUAACACCUCCGUUUCUCUCCUCCACUCCACCAUCAUCUCCGUGUCAGUGGUUUUCAUUUUGGCAAAUCAGCGUUUAAAAAACGGUCCCAAUGGGAUGUUUGAACAUUCACAGCUCGUUGGAGGUACUUGGGAGUGGGCGUAUGCUGCUUUGUGCUUCUCAUGUGGUUAUUUUGCAUAUGAUCAGUUGGAUAUGCUCCAUUACCGAUUAUACAGCGGUUCAAUCCCUUCCAUCCUGGUUCACCAUCUGAUACUUCUCGUCUGCUUUACUCUAGCUCUGUAUCGAAACGUCACAAUCAACUAUCUUAUUCUCACUCUGGUCUGCGAGCUGCAUUCAAUAUUUCUUCAUGUGAGGAAAGUGCGGCGGAUGGCUGGAGUUCGCGAUGCUAAGAGCACUAUUGUGAGGAUGGAAUGGGUUCUUAAUUGGCUUACUUUCAUUUUUGCAAGAUCCUUGUCUCACAUACUCAUCACCAUCAAGCUGAUCGCUGACGCUCCCAGGUUUGAAAAGGGCGUGGUGUUGCCACUUGCUCUAUUUGGGAUGGCUGGAAUGAAUUUAAUCAAUGCUGGUCUCGGCAUUGAUCUGUUCAAUGCCUUCACAAGAGAGAGAACUCCCCAGAAAAGCAGCCAUCAUCAUGGUGAAUGACUGGCAGAAAGGAGGGUAAAGGGAAUGCUUAUGCUGUGCUUUGUUCUCCUUGAGAUUUCUUCAAUUUGUUAGAUUGAUCUGUUUAAAUUUGUUUGACCUGGCAUGGAUCUUUCUGCAUUGAAUUACUUCAGAAAUUAGCCUUGUAAAUCCUCUUUACGUGCUAAUGUGAUUUGUUUCGAACAA